UCGCUGCGGCGAGAGGCUCAAGUCGAGCUGGUUUCUAUAUAAGAAUGUGGAGGAAACGCCAGAAACUGUUCCCGGAGUGGUAGCUCGCAUCGUCUGUUUUACUCUCUCCGUCUCAGUACUUUUCCCGUGUUUGUUUUCCAACUCCUUUUCAGCGGCAACUCAGUUCCACGCUGGCGUGAUCGAGGCCCUCUUUUACAUCGAAUUACGCAUCCACUCUUUUUGACAUACAAUCAAACACUCGUCCUCUCUCCUUUUCGACACCAUGCGUUUCUCCGCGUCCGUUCUUCUGGCUGCCGCUGCCGCCGCCACUUCGGCCUCCGCCCAGGCCGUGGUCGGCAAGGCGUACGGUUUCGCUACCGGUGUUACCGGCGGUGGUAGCGCGGCCGCUGUCACUCCGUCCUCCGCCGAGGAGCUCGCCAAGUUGUUGUCCGACGACACUCCCCGCACCAUCAUCAUCGACAAGGAGUGGGACUUCACCGGCAAGUCUGCCACCGGCGAGGGCUGUGACCGCAAGAGCUGCAGCGCCGCCAACGGCGGUCAGCUCUACCUCGGAGACCUCUCGUGCGGCUCAGCCGACAACGUUGCGGCCACCGUCACCUACGACGUCGCCGGCACCGAGCCCCUGAUCGUCGGCAGCAACAAGAGCAUCCUGGGUGUUGGCGGAAAGGGUGUCCUCAACGGAAAGGGCCUCCGCAUCAAGGCCAACGCCAAGAACGUCAUCGUCCAGGGCGUCGAGAUCACCAACCUGAACCCCGGCGUCGUCUGGGGAGGCGACGCCCUCGACCUCCAGGGCGGCAACGACGGUGUCUGGAUCGACCACUGCAAGUUCUCCCUCGUCGGCCGCCAGUUCAUCGUCAGCCACUACGACGGCUCUCGCGCGACCAUCUCCAACAACGAGUUCGACGGCGUCACCCAGACCUCGGCCUCGUGCAACGACAACCACUACUGGACCAUGAUGCUCAACGGCAAGGGCGACCAGAUCACCCUCGACAAGAACUACUUCCACGACGUCUCCGGCCGCGCCCCCAAGCUCGGCGACGCCGGCACCUUCCAGGCCACCAACAACCUCUUCAGCAACAUGAAGGGCCACACCUUUGAGCUGUACUCCGGCACCUACGCCCUGAUCGAGGGCAACGCCUUCGAGGCCGUCGACACCCCGUACAACGGCGAGGCCUUCGCCAACAGCUUCAACGUCCCCGACGCCUCCGCCGCCAGCGCCUGCAAGUCCUCGAUCGGCCGUGCCUGCGCCGUCAACAGCGUCGACUCCAGCAGCGGCGAGUUCAAGGCCCUGUCCAAGACCAACGCCCUGUCGACCUUCUCCAAGCUCAAGGACUACCUCGUCGAGCCCGUCGCCGCCACCGGUGUCGCCAGCCUCGUCAAGGGCAGCGCUGGUCCCUCCAACCUCGGCUCCAGCUCCAGCUCCGCCGCGACCCCCACCCCUGCCGCCGAGGCCGAAGAGACUACCACCGAGGAGACUACCACCGAGGAGGAGCCCGCUGCUACUGAGGAGCCUGCCGCCGAGGAGCCCGCCGCCGAGGAGCCCGCUGCCGAGCAGCCUGCUGCUGAGGAGCCCGCCGCCUCCUCCGGCGCGUCUGCUCAGCAAUGGGGCCAGUGUGGUGGCAACGGCUGGACUGGUCCCACCGCCUGUGCCGCCGGUACCUCGUGUGUUGUCCAGAACGAGUGGUACUCUCAGUGCCUCAGCUCUGCCGCCAGACGUAGCAUGAAGUCCCUGCGCCGCCGUUAGAUCUUUGUCGGACUAUGGACCACUUAUGAGACCCUGAAGACUGUGUAGAGUCAGCAGCCAGGCAGGAAGAUAUCCUUUCGUACCUACAGCCAAAGAAUUUCAAUCUAAUAUGGUUAUUACCACCCGCAAUACAGCCAGCAACUCAUAUGGGCAAACGUGAACCAGCAAGCCAGCCAGCCAGCCAGCCAAAAAAAAAAAAUCAACUUGAUGUCAACGUAUUCUCGUUACACCUGAAAUGUUUAUGAAAUCGCCGACAGUUGUAGAAGUAAAGUGCAUGCCAGAAGUGCGUCUUCGCCAGCUUAUACUGUUAGCUCUGGGAUCUACCUUGUCAUUGUCCGCGGGGACUGUCUUAACUCAUACUCUAGAGAGUGAGUGAGGUAUGAAGUAUCAUUACUAUUCUUCCAUUGUCGAAGAAAAGACCUUGACUUUCAGAUUGAGACGGUUUCCGCUUUCUAAGGCUAUUCCGCUCUCGCCACCCUAUUUGCUGGGCGAUGUCGCUCUGCAGUUCGGCACUGUCGUGGCUGAUAUUCUCCGUUGCAUCAUCAACAGUUACCAAGGGGCUGUGGUGAAUGUUUCCCCUUUGAGGGGGUUGGGGGGUUGAAUUGAUAUUUAAUUCUAUCGCUGUUCAAAGACAUCACGGGCUCCCACAGGAGACCAGAACGAUGGAGAAAGAAUGGGACCGAUAUCAAUAUAGGCUAAACAAAUAGAAAGUCGGACUAGAAAUUGGAUGUUGUGCUUCCACGCAUGUAGAGUGUGUGUUGC